GGGAGAACAACAAGGACCUCUCGCAGCAUAAGGGGUAUCCUCUGAAUUGCAGCCAGUCCCAGCUCAGCAUUACUGGGUGCAGAGAGGAUCACGUCCAUUUCCUCUGAAGACCACCUGAAUGAACAUCACCCUUAGGACUAGCUCCCAUUGAACAGGACCCCUUGAUAACCAGCAGGUGCACCCCGAACGCCAAGCCAGAACCCCAGAAUCAACCCUCAUCAGCGCUUGUAGGGCAGCCUGAACUCCCAGCGAGGACCCUGUGCUACAGUAGGACUCUAAAUUCUGCUGCAUCUGCUCUUAUAAUCUCUUUCUACUGAUUCGGUGCCCCCAAGAAAAAGUAGAAUGUGGCUUUUUGAGAGAAUCCGUGGUACUGUGGACCAUAACAGUGGACGUCAGUCUGGAGAAUCAGGGGACAAGCAGUCCAAGAGUGGACCUUUUAGCAAUGUUCUUACGCCGGACAAGAUUCCAGAUUUCUUCAUACCCCCAAAACUAAUUCCAACUGAGGUAGGGGGAGCUGAGGGUGUCUCUGCAGGAGAAGGGGUUCCAUCUAAGUCCAACAUUGGCACUUCUGCUUCAGAGCAAAACCUUUCUGGUCAACGUCCACAACGCAGUCCACGCUUGCCAACCAAGGCUGCCUCUGAGAGUCGGAACCUUUUGAGAGCUGCCAACCGCCACAUAAUCCAAAUUGAAAGUGCUGAUGAGUGGGCAUCAGAGGACGAUCUAGGAACAAAUGCAGAUCCUCAAUCUCAGACUGCCAUGUCUCUUCCAUAUGUCCCAAAAGCACAGACAUCAUAUGGCUUUGUCACACUGAUGGAGAGCCCACACACUCGACGCAAGGAAUCACUCUUCCAUAGUGACCAGGGAUCUCUCUCCCCUUGCCCUUCACAGUCUAGUUCUCCAAGUUCUCAGAGGCGUAGUGGAACAGAUGGUGGUGGAGGAUCCCAGUUGAACCCCUCAGAUUUUGGAAUGUCAUUGAUGAACCCCUACCGCUACUUUAGUGGUGGGGAGAGCGAUACCUGCUCCUCUGCUGAAUCCUCGCCCUUCAGUUCUCCGUUACUGUCCCGCUCGGUCUCACUGCUUAAGAUUUUUACACCAGACACACAGUCGAAAUUUAUGAAGCUAAAACACUCUGUGGCUAGGAACAGCUCACUUUCCACAGAUGAUUGCAGCUCUGCAGACACCAGCCCCAGAAUGCCAAAGAGGAGGCUACGUGGUGCCAGGGGACCUGGUGCAGGACAAAGAGGUACAUCUGGUGUGGACAUUCAACAGAAAGAGCACACUGUGACACUUAGCAAAGGUGGUAGCAUGAGACUGAUGGCAGAAUAUAACCCUUCAAAUGCAAGGCUUAGGGUACGGUUGAUUGCAGCAGAACACUUAUUUGACAAGCUCUGCGAUCUCAAGGGCGUGAACUGCUGUGUAGUGUUAUAUCUAAACCCAGGGAAGGUUCACCGUCAAAGAAGUACCAUUAUAAAGAACAGUAGGAACCCAGUGUUCAAUGAAGACUUCUUCUUUGAUGAUUUGGUGGCAGGAAGUGCCAAGAAGAUGUCCCUGAAACUAAAGGUGCUCAACAAGGGUAGUAGCUUGAAAAGGGACACACUACUUGGGGAGAAAGAGAUUCCACUGACUGCUCUGCUUCCCUUCCUAUGAGAAUGAAGACGAUAGUGUUAGAGUGUAUGAUGUGUGCUAGGCAGGUUAGUUCUACGUUGAAGAAGCUGACUCUAAGUGUUUGUUGCGCUUCUGCUGAAUCAAAGUGCAAAAUCCUGCAGACAUUGAAUCUGGCAUCUGCAGAGCAUUGCACUUUUUACAAACAGAAAUGUCUGCAGAGCAUACAACCUUAACAGCUGCAGAAACCUGUUCAAUGGCAUAGUGUAAAUCUUCCACUGCUAGAGACUUGCAGAAUAUUGCACCUUUGGAACUAAAAUCAUUCCAAUCACUUAUUUAAAAAUGUAUCAACAUACAGAUUACAGCACUUCGUUUUUAGGUAGAAUAAAGAGGGAUGCAUCUAAUAUCUACACAUGCAGUACAUUGCACUUUUCAGCAACAAACCUAGAAUAUACAAGACAGUAAAGAUGAACUGCACUUGACCUAAUACUACUCGGAAUGUUUAUCUGCAGAACAUUGCCUCUUUCACUUUCAAAACUUACAGUUCUUUACUACUUCAUAACCCAAUAGCACAGUGGCCAAGAGCCAAAAUGUUAAUAAUGUCUCUAUUGCACGACAUGCUGAGUAUCACAUUGACAGGAAUAGCAAACUUCCGCCUUUGGGUUCUAGAGUGUUAAAGAAUAUAUUGCAUGGCACCAUUUUGCCAUACAAAGCUUAGUAGUCUGGCUAUUCAUUUAUAACCUGAUUGUAGUGAAUACAAAUUGACAAGAAUGCAUGAUUCAAUGAAACAAGCAGUCUUUGCCGGGAGCUAGGUCUCUGCAGGAUCCCUUUCAAAUGGCAGCCAACAUCCUACCAACCUCAUCAUUCUACUCCAUUUACUAAACAUGCAGGGACCUACUCUUCAACAUUGACUGGAGAUUAAUGUAUUCUUCAAUGGAACCGGAGAAACACCUGGCUUUGUAAGAUAUUGACCUUCAGAUUGUCAGAUGCUUUGCUUUAGGUAGAUGUCACAAUAACUUGUAUUUGACUGUGUGGACAGGAUAGCCCUAUGAACUACCUCCCACUCCCCAUUCUCUGCACCCAUGAAAACCCAAUCUACAAAGACAUUUUAAUAAUAGACCAAAUAUCUGCAUUUCCAAUCAGUUGUAACAGUGUUUUCCAUCAUCUAACAUUAACUUUUAUUUAAUAAUGUCUUAUACUGAUGCUAAGAGCUUUAAAAAAUAUAAUCGUAAGGUACUAAAAAGGUAAGGUUAUAAUAAUGGUAAAGUAAUCAAGGUUUUGUUUUCUCUAAUGCCUGGAAUUGCAUUAGGUAAUUUAUUAUAUCUCCAUCUGGCAUGGUAAGGGUUAAAUGUUACCGAAUUGUGAGAUUACCUACCUGAUCACUGCCCUGAAAUCAUGUUCCAGUAUCGUUCAUGGCCAGCAUUUUACGUUAGGUUUACGUUUAUUAAUUGGAUGCAAUGUGAAGGUAUGGUAGGAUGGACAUUGCAAAGGGAGCUUCAAUGAUGAAAUUGUAAGAACGGAGAUGAGAAGGGCAAUAUGAGCUAGAGAAGGAGAGGAAACACAGCAGGGAGAUGUGGACAAAGUGAUGGUUUGUAUCUUAUGAAGUGUAGACUGAUGAAGGUUUGACAUGAUGAGGCAACUGCCUACUUAACACAUGCACUGAACAUCUGAUCAUGUGAGGUCAUAAUCUCUUUAACCCCAUAAACCUAUGGAAACAUGUAUUUGAGAAAU